CUAUAUGUAGCUAUAUGCGCACGCCGCAAUGAAUCAUCUUCUGACGGCAUGCGUCCAUUCAACCCUUCCCGUCUCUCCCGUCCCACAACCGUCCAUCGCUCGUCGUCCCGAGAGCUAGCCAGACAACGUGUCGCCUGUCAUCGGCCGUCUGCGCCUGCCUCUUUGGGUGCAAACCGCCGACCUUGCAUGCAUUUCCUCCAACGACUCUUCUCGCGUAAACUUAUCGUGGAAUCGGGAUCUUCCUCUUGCGCAGAAAACGUCGGCGAAAGAAAGAGAAAGCGACAAGACUCCAAGAUAACAUGCUGCAGCAUCGGAGCAAAGGGUCUCGCUUCGCAGCUUCGUGCUUCAUGCCUUGGAAGCACUACCGGGGUGUGGUCGCGUGUCCUGGUGUCUGUGUGCGCGCCUGCGUGCCGUGUGCGGGGUUCGCAUGCCGCGAAAAAGCAAUUCCUACGAGAAAAAGAAAAGAAGAAAGAAGAAUAGGAAUACAGAACUGCUCUUCUUGCUCUGUCGCUUCAAUCUUCCACUUGAACUUUUCCUUGCUAAUGUGAACAGACUCCUUCUCCGUGGUGCUACUGCCUUGCUAUCAGUCCCACCAACACUUCCACCCGACCACCCUGGUCCCAACAGCCUCUUCUUCUCUUUCGCUCUCUGUUUCUUAUCCCGCCUUGUUGUCAGAAAGUGGCGUUUCGCAACCCCAAACUCACCCUCCAACCAACGGUCCGACAGCCAGCCACUCUCAAACGCGAUAACCAACCCAUUAACCAACCAAACCAAGCCAGAUCCCACGCGAGUCUAUUACCUCAUUCAGAUUCCUCGACUGCCUCUGCCUCUGUUUCGCACUCCACUCUACACCGCUCGCUGUCUACUCUAGUUUCUGGAAUUCCAUCAGCCUCUCGUCAUUGCCCAUUCGUUUCAGCAAGCCAAGCCAAGCAAGCAAGUAAAUGCAGUGUCACGUCCUGCCAUGUC